AUGGGCGCCGUCCUCUCCCUCCCCUUCUUUCGGCGACGCACCCGUCGUCGCCGCGCCCCAGUCUCCACACCCAUCAGCCAUCCCCGUCCCCUCCUCCGUCGCGAAGACGUCGACAAGACGGACGAGAUCCAGCUCGACCUCGUCCCCAAGACGCACCACUCGACAUCACUAGCGUCGAUGGGUUCGCGUAUUGUUCGCUCAGCCAGUGCGAGUUCGCGAACAUCCCGACGGACCCGCCGCAGGCCAGGCGAGUUGGGUCAGGAAACCAUUCCCGAAGUCCUCGAACCCAAGGAACUGAGCAUCCCCAGUCUCUCGUCGGCCACGGCAUCGGACAGCUCGUGCUCGUCCAAGCCGCCACUUGAAGUCGCCCCACUCCCAAUCUCACUCCCUCUCCCUCUCCCGAUACAGGCACCCCGAGUGGGGUCGUCCGUGGUCGGGUCCAAGCAAAGGCGCCGUCGGGCAUCGAUCCGCCGCGCAAGUACCGCUACGCGACGCACAAGCUCGAAACGCCGCAUCGAGAGUGGAUGGGACAUGAUCCGCCGCGAUGAGGCGGACGGGUGGGCACCAGCAGCAGGCCGCGCUGGCGGUAAACGCGUGCGCCUGGCGUGGCCGGGGGCGUGA